AUGGACAAUACACCCCCAAAAGAUUGCAAUCAAUCGCAACAUGAAGUGGAGAAUGUAAAGUCCGCAACCACCAGCCUACCAGCAACGCCAUCGAGUUUGGGAGACAUUCCCGCAGAGGAACCCAGCCAAAGGCAACCUGGAGCGGAAGAUGUCUCGGCAAUUUCCGCCUGCCCACCACCAAUGCCAUCAGUUUUGGGGGAUAUGCCCGCAGAAGACGGCAAGGAGAGACAGUUUGACAUUGACAAUGCUAGUAUGGCUGGAUCACUAAACCCCGCAACGAUGCCAAUGACGGGGCUCACGCCGCAAGAAGUUGACCAUCUCGAAGAUGCUCAAUGCGAAUGCCGUGACUUCGAGGAUGCAAGGAGAUCCAGAUCGCUCCCAAUUUUGACAAUCGAGGUAGGCAAGGCCGAUAGCAUUGAUAGCCAGAAGACUUUAACAGAUGAUGUGUGGAUUCCUCAAACUCCCUCACCCGAAAAGUACACCGGCUGGUACUCGCCUCCCCCUCCAUCCCCGCCAUUGGAUCUCUCGUCGACGACACAGCAUCACCUCUGCAUCUGGUUCCUUUCUCAAGUGGAGCAAUCUUUCUACGGUAAGGCCGAGGCAGAAUUCCAAAAUGACUUGGAAUCGCUCAAGUGGAAGCAGGAUCUCUUCAAGAAGAAUCCCCAUCAAUACUCCGAGUCGUAUCUUAACAAGAAAAGCGAGAAGUACGCCGAGUCGGAACUGAUUGAAAAACCUUGGCAUCUGCCAGAUCGGAUUGAGCCUGAAUACUGGGUUGAGUUUUUUAAGUAUGCGGGCAAGCUUUUGCCGUGCGAUGCGUACGAUUUACCGGCUGAUAUGUCCAGAUCCUUGAUCCCGUAUAUUUUUGAAAAAGCUGACACACUCAGACAUAUCACGAACCAUCGCGACCGGACUCUGUAUCUGUGGACUUUGACUGAGGUCAUGAAGAUACCGCGCAUACUGAAGGAUUACCAGAGGGCUGAUGAGAUGAAUCUGGUUUUCAGAGUGGUACGCGAAGAUCCUUCGGUGGAUGAAUAUUCCAGGUCAGUGGUUCAGAAAUUCGUCCUUACUGCUGACAAACCCUGCACGACUUAUUUACAGAUAUCCCUGCGCGUUGAAAGCUUAAUGGAAGAAGGUAUCUUCCGAUACGCCAAACGAGAGAAUCCGGAAUUCCUGAAAGAGAAAGGUUGGUGCGUACCAGAAGACGCCGAUCUGCGGGACUGGUUCUGGGCUUGGACGAGUCCUCCCUUCCAGCCGGCUUUCGAUCGAGAUGGUGAGAAUCUCGCUCUGACGGACGUGGACGGACGGCUUUUCUCUCAACAUGAUCUCCGGAACCAGGUUCUCGACGGGGCGCGAGAUCUACGCAGCAGUACGGCCCACCGUGACGAACUUGAUGAAUGGAGCUUGCGAGCGGACGCCUGGAACGGCAUUCUCUUAAUGAAACUCUGUGACGAUCAAGAGCAGGCAGUUCUCAUUGAAGCGUACGCGGAGGCUUUCCUGACUGAGCGAUCGAUCUUGGACGUACUUUCUCGUCUCGAAAAGGACUCUGCCAACGACGACUCCGUCAGACGUGAUGCCAUUGUCCGAGUCAAUGAGUGGUCGUCUAGCGGAUGCGACCCUUACGCGAAGCAGAUAUUCUACGCCCGCAAACGAGUUCGAGCUAAUGGCACAUUGUUGAAGCAGGGCCGAUGGUGGGACGUGGACCACCAUAAUGGCGAGAGCUCGACAUGUCAAAUGAUAUCCAGUGGCUCUCGCAAAGCUCAAAGGCCCCGACGAGACAGCGACGAGCUCUGCGCGCUGCAUCAAUCAGCCGUCGAAGCGUUCGUCUUUGCUGAUUCAAUGCAUCCGGCUCUGAAGUUAAGUAUGGAGGACCCGUCGGAGGUCACAGACAGAGAGGGGAUAGCGGAUGAUGAUGUUCCUCCUGAGACUGAGCCUGUGGGUGCUGACCUGCAACAGGAAGAGGAAAAUCCUGUUGAAGAGACUGUUGAAGAGACGGUCGAAGAAGCGGGGGCUAGGUUGUGGGGGACAACGGAUUCGACAACGGAGAUUCAAUACCAGGAUGAUGGGGGUUGGCAGCAAUUCGAGGAUCCGGCGGGGAGUGAGCAAUGCAGGAAUUGUCGGUCGUGUAGGGAAGGCGACUGCAAGGUAUGUUGUCUUUGUAAGACUUGGCUAAUUCCGGAGGUAGAUUAG